AUGGAUGCUGCCAGCACCGACACAGUACUGGAAAACCCCGUCGACUCAGGGAACAUGGCGUUUGUCGAUGCGCUGCUUCGUCGUCAGUCAAUUCGGAGAAUUCGGUCAGCCCCCGUCCGUCCCGAGCUGGUGGUGAAGCUGUCCGUCAUGCGUUGGCUAGCUCAGCUUGAUUUGCAUUUGCUCAGCAGUGAGGCAUCCGUCAAGCAAGGAUACGAGCAGAUUGCGCAGCGCUUUGUCAUGGGACAACCGCCAGAAACAUCGGUCCGUCUGGAUGAGGAUGAAAAAUUCUUUCAGAUCGCUGCCGUGUUCAUCCCAAGCAUGUUGGAUUGGGCUGGGCAGAGUCGGUGGGAGCUUGCCAUGGCAGACCUGAGGGAGAAGAGCGCGCUGGGCAGUGGCUGGGCGAAGGGGAACCUGUGA